GCCGGUAUGAUUCUAUGUAGAGUCUGCUGUAUUGUUUUGAUUAGGAAAAUCAUUUAGACAGGUAAAUUACAGCUACGGAUUACGUUAUCUAAGGUGUCCACUGUAGUUGUAAAAGUCAUGGAUGAGCAGACUGGAUCUCCUGGAGCCAACACCGAAAACAACAGCCAGAGAAAUGGAGAUGAGAAGCCCCGACGUGGCAGCUGGACCAAGGGGAGGAAGAGGAAGAAGCCAAUGAAGGACAGCAAUGCACCCAAGGCCCCCCUGACGGGCUACGUUCGCUUCAUGAACGACAGACGGGAGCAGCUACGGGCAGAGCGUCCAGACGUGCCCUUUCCAGAGAUUACGAGGAUGCUGGGCAACGAGUGGAGCAAGCUGCCCCCAGAGGAGAAGCAGCGGUACUUGGAUGAGGCAGAGCGAGAUAAGGAGCGCUACAUGCGGGAGCUGGAGAAGUACCAGAAGACAGAGGCCUACAAACAUUUCACCAGGAAGGUUCAGGAGAAGCAGAAGGGCAAACGGCACAGGGGAGAUGGUGGGCACCAGGUAGCCAGUGAGGCUCUUCACGAGAAGGAUGCAGAAGGGAAGGACAGAACUGUGUUUGACAUCCCAAUCUUCACAGAGGAGUUUCUCAACCACAGCAAAGCACGUGAAGCUGAGAUGCGACAGCUGCGUAAGACCAACAUGGAGUAUGAGGAGCGUAACGCAGCACUGCAGAAACACGUGGAGAGCAUGCGCGGGGCCGUGGAGAGGCUGGAAGGCGACGUGAUGCAAGAGAGGGGACGCAACGGCCUCCUCCACCAGCACCUGGAGACCCUGCGUCAGGCGCUCACCUCCAGCUUCUCCGCCGUACCUCUGCCAGCCAGCGGAGAGACGCCCACUCUGGACACCAUCGACUCCUACAUGAAGAAGCUCCACAGCAUCAUUGUCAGUAACCCCCAAGAACACGAGAAUCUCAUCAACACCGUGAGAGACGUGGUCAACCGCUUGGACAGAUAAUUGGACCGAGUCCAACGGAUUUGAUGGAUUGAGAUUCACAGUGACAUUCAGUAGAUGCUGCUCCUUGACGACGAUGAAUCUCCUUGUCGAUCUGUCAUCCCAAUUGAUUUUAAAGCAUCUUUUAUUACUCUGCUAAGGUGACGUAGGUGAAGGUGAUGUAGCCUCUCAUAUUUAUUUAUUAUUUUUUUUUUACAUUUUCUGUUCAUACCUUAUUAAUAUAGCUGUAGUUUGUUUUGUAAAAUAAUCAGAUGGGAGGACAUGAAACAGUUCUCUGUCACUCGUUGCUCCUGUUCUGUCUUCACCAUCCAUUUAUAGCAAUCGCUUCCACAGACAUUAUCUAAAUCAUUAUCAACCAUGUUCUGAUCAAAGAAAAAUGUGUCAGUGAGUUUGUAUUUAUCACAUCGAAGAGAUGCUGUUGAGCAGACUUUCUUUUUUCAUGCUCUGUUGAAGAAAAAUGUGCCAUUUAUUUUCCCUGUGUGAGAAACUGUUUGUGUUUUCAAUAAACGUGUUUACAUCAUG